AUGCUGUGUCAGCAGUGGACGUGCAGGUGGGCUCAGCCCUGGGCCCUGCUCCUGCUUCUCUUAGGUCCCCAGCUCGUGGUGACUCACGUCUGGCAACCCCAAGGGGAAGGGAAUGGUGAAGACCAAGCAACCUUGGAGCUUUACUUCCCUGCCACCGUGGAGUACGCCGUACAUGUAUUCAACCAGAGGAGCCAGGACAGCAAUGCCUACAAGGUGGUGCGAAUCCUGAGGUCGUGGAAGGAGUCUGUACAAACGCAGGCAAAUGGCACCGUGUUCUCCACGGAGCUGCAGCUCAGCCGAACCAGGUGUGGGAAAUUUGACGAAGACAUUGACAACUGUCCAUUUCAAGCAAGUCCAGACGUGAACAAUACCAUCACCUGCUUCUUUACAAUUGACACUGAACCCUGGAGAACAAAGCUUCAACUCCUGAACAACACCUGCUCGGAGGGCUCCGCUGAAUGAGACCACACCCUGCCGUGGCCCUUCAGUGGCUGAGCAGCUCUGGUUCUGU